UGAAAAUUAAAGGCCAUGGAUGAAGAUGGACUUGAAUUACAACCACAGGAACCAAACUCAUUUUUUGAUACAAGAGGAGCUGAUGCUACACUCACGGAUGGUGAUCAAAUUGUUGUGGAAGUACAAGAAACUGUUUUUGUUUCAGAUGUUGUGGAUUCAGACAUAACUGUACAUAACUUUGUUCCCGAUGACCCAGACUCAGUUGUAAUCCAAGAUGUUAUCGAGGACGUUGUUAUAGAAGAUGUUCAAUGUCCAGAUAUCAUGGAAGAAGCAGAUGUAUCUGAAACAGUCAUCAUUCCUGAGCAAGUGCUGGACUCAGAUGUAACAGAAGAAGUGUCUUUAGCACAUUGCACAGUCCCAGAUGACGUCUUAGCUUCUGAUAUUACUUCAGCCUCAAUGUCUAUGCCAGAACACGUCUUGACGAGUGAAUCCAUACAUGUGUCUGACAUUGGACACGUUGAACACGUUGCUCAUGAUAGCGUAGUAGAGGCAGAAGUUGUCACUGAUCCUCUGACAGCCGAUGUAGUGUCAGAAGAAGUAUUGGUAGCAGAUUGUGGCUCAGAAGCAGUCAUAGAUGCCAAGGGGAUCCCUGCGGACCAGCAGGAGGAUGACAAAGGCAACUGUGAGGACUACCUUAUGAUUUCCUUGGAUGAUGCUGGCAAAAGAGAACAUGAUGGUUCCUCUGGAAUUACCGUGGAUGCAGAGUCAGAGAUCGAUCCUUGUAAAGUGGAUGGCACUUGCCCUGAAGUUAUCAAGGUGUACAUUUUUAAAGCUGACCCUGGAGAGGAUGACCUAGGCCACGUGACAAUGAAAGUUCUCAUUGGAGCUUUUGCGUCCCUGGCAUUGCUGAGUGAAGAGCAGUGGCUGGGUAGCAUCACAGUUGAGUUGAAUUGCGUAUUGGCUCAGGGAGAGCCUCUCCCCCCGCUCCUCACGCCGAGCACUGUAUCUCAGAAUGAGAGCUCUCUCCACUUUGGCCACGUGAGCCACGUGAGCAAGAAGACGGCCACCGAUGACUCGGGAAGGGGCCCAGCCCCACCCAAGGAAUCUGCAGGUGCCUUGAUCUUAGACCUCCCAGCCUCCUGA